UCCUACAUCUAACUGCAGUUCUUGUACUUGAGUACUCGGGAAUGUAAAAAGAUAUGUAUCAGAUCAUUAAUGAACAAAAGGGUAAACUGUCUUGCCUUUUACAUAACUGUUUUACUUACUGAAUUUUAUAUCCUGCAUUGACAACUUGUUUCCUGUUUGUCAACCUGAACUUGUAUUCCAACUGCUCUUUUUAAACACAGUUAAAGGAGUUUAUGUGCAUUUGCAGAGGCACAUUUGUAACUGUUUUGCAAAUCUCUCUGGUGUCUGCGACCAGCUGGCCUCCACACUGGCAAGUGUGGAGAUAAGCGAAGUAGAUGCUCAUCUGGGGAUCACUUUUUUGAAGUGCCUCCCUUCUAGGGUGCUUGAGGUGGCGCUGCCUCAGCUGGCACAGCUGAGCGGGCCCAGCCGUGUCCGGCUCACCUGCGCACCGGAACGGUGGCGAGCGCUACUCCCAGAGAAGCGUCAGCUCCCAGAUGCCAUCAAUCGCUACAGAUCAGCCUUCGAGCCCUACCGCGGCCGUCCGGGGGCUCGGUGGGGCCGUUGAGAGCGGCGUGUGCCCGCCUUCCCUGCGCACAGCCGCGGGUCAAAGGCGCAGCCCGGACGUUCCCUCAGGUGUGUGGGGGGCGCGGCCUGGGCGUCCCUCAGGUGCGGGGCGUGUCCCGCACCUGCCCGCGGGGGGCGGGCGCGGCCCUGCCCUCAGGUGGGCGCUGCCCUCGCGCCGCUGCCGCCUCCCCUCAGGUGCGCGCGGCCCGAGGCGGCGGUGGUGCCGCUCCCGAUGGCGGCCCCGGGCGGGCUGGGCCGCUGCGUGGCCGCCUUCUGGCUGGCGCUGGCCUUCGACGCGCUGGGGCUGGCGGUGCUGCUGGCCGGCGUGUUCGCCGACGUGUUCUUCUCCGACCUCCUCAUCUACGCGGGCGGCAUCGGCAUCUUCCUCAGCCUGGUCUGGUGGGUGUUCUGGUACGCGGGCAACCUGGAAGUGCCGCCCGAGGAGCUGCGGGACGACGUGGGGCUGUCGGCGCCCAAGGGCCGCGGGGACACGCUGCUGCGGAGGCUGGUGAACAGCCUCAGCCUCCGCCUCACGGCCGCGCUCGCCCCCGCCCGCCCCGCCGACCUGGAGCUGCAGCGCGCCGGGGGCUCCCGAGGCCGCCACGCCGACCCCGGCAGGAUCUGUUGAAGACAUGACUAUUGAUGUUAUUGCCCCAAAAAGUGGGGGAAAUGCUGCAAAUCGUGGAAAGAGAUUCCCUACUCAAAACAAUAGGAUUCUCUCAUUGUGGAAUAAUCUCUGCAAGCAUUGUGGAUUCUCCAUAAAAUGGACAUGUGGAGCCAUAUCUCUGCCAAAUGCACCUAUUUCAGUGUUGGACUGGACAUGCUUUGAAAUGGUGAAAAAAGAUCCCACAAAAUCUCUUUAAGAAGUGAGAGCUAAAAAGAAUUGAACCUGAUUUGCUGAAAAAUCACUGUAUCUUGUCAUAUGGUUGGUUUUACUGCUUUGUUUUAAUUUUUAUUAUUUUUAAUAACCUGCAAGGUUUGGAUAAAAAGCUCUUGCACAAUGAAAAGCUCUUGCACUGUUUUUUACCAGGGUCUGGAAGUUAAACUUACUGUGAAUUUUUAUAAUGCCAGUGCAAUACUUUUGUUUGUAAGGGUGCUUUUAAAAUGUCUAUAUUAAACUGUUGAUGCAAAGUUGCAAAAGUAGUAGAAGUUGUUUAUAGUGUAAAUACACAAUUUACAGUGUCUAUUGUAAAAUUUAAUUGUUAUUUUAAAAUAACCUGGGAUCUGAUAUUUUGUAAGUAGACAAAUAACACCAACAAUGUUGGCAUACAAGUACAUUCUUUGUAGUUACAAAUGAUGUAAUAUGACGACUCUUGCAAGAGGGAUUUUUAGUUCAAUGACGUUGGAAAUUAUUUUCCGAAUGCUGAAGCAUUUGAGGGAGGGAACAUGAUUAAAGGAAACCCUGUUAAUUAACAAGUACUCCAAGGCUUUAUAAAACAUUAACUGUACCUGCAAAAAUAUUUAUAUUAAUGUUAGUGAUACCUAAAAUUGUGCUCAUGAUAAAAUCAUGUGGAGAAAUUC